GGAUUCUGGGAAGGUGGUGAUCUGGAGUAUGGCUCCUGUCCUCAAAGAGGAUGAUGAAAAGAAUAAAAAUAUUCCCAAAAUGCUUUGUCAGAUGGACAAUCACCUAGCCUGUGUGAACUGCGUGCGGUGGUCAAAUAAUGGGGUUUAUUUGGCGUCGGGGGGUGAUGACAAACUGAUCAUGGUGUGGAAACGAGCUGCGUACAUUGGACCUAGCACCGUGUUUGGUUCCAGUAGUAAACUUGUUAAUGUAGAACAGUGGAGAUGUGUUUCAAUUCUCAGAAUCCAUUCAGGGGGUAAGUGAAAAGGUGCAGAAUAAAUCUGAAUAGAGCAUAUUGAAAAAAAUUGUAUUUGUUGACAUUGUUUUGUUUUUGUUUUUUUUUGUUAACAAUCAGUUGGUCAUAA